GUUCCAACUCAUAGCAUCGAGACCUAGCUCUCAUAUUCUUUCAAAUACCAAAGUACACACACAAUGAGUUCACCGCUCCGUCAGAGCACAUCGGCUGCAAACCGCGGUUUGGGAAAUCUGAAUCGGCGAAAGCGAUCCAGAGAGCCUGAUGACGAUGCUUCGUCCGUGGUUCCCCCUUCAAGCCCGCCCCCUUCUUCCCCUCCUAUGUUGCCCUUCGACGAAGACGAGGACGAGCCAGAUGAGGAAGCAGAACUUGACAUUGAUGACAUUGAGGAGAUGGCAGAGGAUGAGGAUGGCAUUGACCUUUUCGGAGAUACAUUCGAGCGCGACUAUCGGGGCGGAAAAGAUGACCGCUACCGCGGACGAUACAUUGACGACGAUGAGCAAGAAGAAAUCGACAUUGGUGCCCGACGAGAGUUGGAGGCUCGCCUGGAUCGAAGAGAUCGAGAACUUGCUCGGCGCCGCCGAAUGCCCGCAGCCUUCUUGCAAGAUGACGAGGACGGUGAUAUCGAUUUGACUGCACAGCCACGCCGUCGCAGGCACGCCUACGACGAGGACCGCGAUGACAUCGAAAUGGCUGACGACGGCCUCGAAGAGCUUUCCCUGGAGGAGCUAGUCGAUAUCAAAUCAUCUAAUAUCACGGACUGGGUGACACAGCCUCAAGUGCUGCGCUCUAUUUACCGAGAGUUCAAGGCCUUUUUGACGGAGUUCACUGACCCCACUGGUAGCUCUGUCUACGGAAACAAGAUCAAGACUCUUGGUGAGGUUAACUCUGCCUCGCUCGAGGUUUCAUAUACACACUUGAGCAGCACCAAGGCUGUUCUUGGGUACUUCCUUGCCAACGAGCCCACAGAAGUUCUCAAGGUUUUUGACCAGGUUGCUCUGGACGUUACCUUGUUCCACUACCCUCAAUACCAUGAUAUCCACAAUGAAAUUCACGUCCGGAUCACUGAUCUUCCCAUUGUUUACACCCUCCGCCAAUUGCGCCAGUCCCACCUGAACUGUCUUGUUCGUGUCAGUGGAGUCGUCACCCGCCGGACGGGUGUCUUCCCACAGCUUAAAUAUGUGAUGUUCAUCUGCCAAAAGUGUAACAUGACGUUGGGCCCUUACCAGCAGGAGAGCAGCUCUGAAGUGAAGGUCACAAUGUGUCAGAACUGUCAAUCUAGAGGCCCAUUCACUGUCAGCUCAGAGAAGACAGUGUACCGCAAUUACCAGAAAUUAACUCUGCAAGAGUCCCCCGGUUCGGUCCCCGCCGGUCGACUUCCCAGACAGCGAGAAGUGAUCCUCCUUGCAGACCUCAUCGACUCAGCCAAGCCUGGAGACGAGAUCGAGAUCACCGGUAUUUACCGCAACAGCUACGACGCGCAGCUUAAUAACAAGAACGGGUUCCCAGUCUUCGCAACGAUCAUCGAGGCCAACCACGUUAUCAAGUCCCACGACCAGCAGGCUGGUUUCCAACUAACAGAAGAAGAUGAGCGUGAAAUCCGCGCCUUGUCUCGGGACCCGGACAUUGUUGAGAAGAUCAUCCGUUCAAUCGCCCCUAGUAUCUACGGCCACCAAGACGUCAAGACAGCCGUUGCUCUCUCUCUCUUCGGUGGCGUCCGCAAAGAAACACAAGGAAAAAUGUCAAUCCGUGGAGACAUCAACGUCCUCCUCCUCGGUGACCCAGGUACCGCCAAAUCCCAGAUCCUUAAGUAUGUCGAAAAGACUGCCCAUCGUGCUGUCUUCGCAACAGGUCAAGGAGCCAGUGCGGUAGGUUUGACAGCUAGUGUCCGUCGCGAUCCCUUGACCAGUGAAUGGACACUUGAAGGAGGCGCCCUCGUCCUUGCUGACCGCGGCACUUGCCUAAUCGACGAAUUCGACAAGAUGAACGAUCAAGACCGCACAUCGAUUCACGAAGCCAUGGAACAGCAAACCAUCUCCAUUUCCAAGGCCGGUAUUGUUACAACACUCCAAGCCCGCUGCGCCGUCGUCGCUGCCGCAAACCCCAUCGGCGGCCGCUACAACAGCAGCGCCCCAUUCUCUGAGAACGUUCAACUCACAGAACCCAUCCUUUCGCGUUUCGACAUCCUCUGCGUCGUGCGCGACCUUGUCGACCCCUCUGAAGACGAGCGCCUUGCCAGCUUCGUCAUCGAGUCUCACCACCGCGCGAACCCCUCCAAGCCGCUGCGUGAUGAACAUGGGAACCUCAUUAACGCCGACGGAGAGCGGAUAGACGAGGAAGGAUACCGCAUUGAUGACGACGGAAUUCGUCUCCCGCUCCGCCCAGACGAGAUAGAAGCCCGUAACGCGGCUAGGGACAACGACGACGAGAAGGAAGGCGAGAUUCCCCAGGAACUUCUCCGGAAGUACAUCCUCUACGCGAGGGAACACUGCCGCCCUAAGCUCUACCAGAUCGAUCAGGACAAGGUCGCGCGUCUCUUCGCGGACAUGCGUCGCGAGUCUCUUGCUACCGGCGCCUACCCGAUAACAGUCCGCCACCUCGAAGCCAUAAUGCGUAUCGCAGAAGCAUUCUGCAAGAUGCGUCUCUCGGAGUACUGUUCCGCUCAGGACAUCGACCGCGCGAUCGCUGUGACCGUGGACUCCUUCAUCGGCAGCCAGAAGGUCAGCGCGAAGCGCGCUCUUUCAAGAGCUUUCGCCAAAUACACCCUUUCCCGCCCAAAACCACAGUCAAAGCGACGAGCUGGCAUCCCGGCGCCUGUUUCCUUCGAGAGGAGACCUCAGGCAGCCAGGUAAAUUUUAAUUCCGUGUGAUGCCAUGCUAUGCCAAACCAGUUGUUGAAGCCUGGCGCCUUUGACCCGACCUCGUAAUUUUUGGCGUUCUGAAUUGCAAUUCUUUUAUACAUCCAUGCAUACAUAUGAUACUCAUUGAAAGGUCGAUACACUAUUUGCGUGUUUGCGCUUGCGCCUCUUCUGUUUGAUGAUGUUGGGGUGCUGGGUUGGAUGUUGAUGCUGACGUUGAUGUUGAUGAUCUUUGCUCUCCAUUAAUAUUCCGAAUUGGUUUAUGGAGUUAAAGUUAGGGUUAUGGGUCGGUUACUAGGUUAGAGUUUAGGGAUAUUUAUCAAACCAACCAAAACAAGGUAUAUUGUUU